AUGGCAAGCAAUGGCUUGAGUAUGUUUCAAUUCCCUCGUCUUACCAAAGAGAAUUAUGAUAAUUGGUGUCGUCGCAUGAAAGUCUUAUUAGGUUCUCAAGAUGCAUGGGAGAUUGUAGAGAAAGGUUAUACCCAACCUCAAAAUGAGGCUAUUUUGUCACCAAAUGAGAAGGAGACUUUGUUGAAGUCAAAGAAGAAGGAUCAACAAGCACUUACUUUCAUUCAUCAAGGUUUGGAUGAAGCUAUGUUCGAGUUGGUGUCAAAUGCAACCACAUCCAAAGAAGCAUGGGAGAUUUUGAAAACCUCCCUUGAAGGAGUUGAUAAGGUAAAAAAGGUGCGCCUACAAACUCUACGUAGAGAGUUUGAAUCAUUGCAUAUGAAGGAAUCUGAAUCUAUCUCAGAUUUUGGCAACAAGGUGUUGGCUAUUGUGAACCAAAUGAAGCAUUAUGGAGAAAAUAUGGAAGAUGUUCGUGUGGUGGAAAAGAUCCUUCGCUCCUUAAUCGCUAAAUUUGAUUAUGUGAUUUGUGCUAUUGAAGAGUCUAAGGAUUUAGACUCAAUGACCGUAGACCAAUUGAUGGGUUCUCUUUAA